AUGGGCUACAAGUUCAAAGACAAGAUGAUCUGCAUCGAAGCGCUCAAGACCACUUCGGCGACUACACCGCUUUAUUUCAAUGGGGUCAUUCAUCACAUAGACAAAAACAACCGCCUGGCAUUGCUAGGUGAUCGAGUUAUCUCUUUAGCUCUAUGCGAUGUUUGGUUCAAGACAGGAAAUACCAAUGAAAGCAGAGUUGGUUUGGGUAAGAAAGGAUACGCGCUCGGUAUAAACGACAAUCUGCUUCUUCACGAGCGGCACCCCUCCACAUUCAAUCACGUUGCCGAGGCCUUCGAAGCUGUUCUUGGUGCUAUCUACUUGGACUCUGGGAACAACAUCGAAACCGUCAAGGAAGUUAUCACCGGAAUCAAGCUCGAUCGUCACAAGGGAUUAGAAGAGCAGAUUACGGCCCAGGAUCGUCUGGACAAUAAAAGGCUUGCGGCGCUGCAGUACUCUGAUUAUAUGAGGAACCAAGCUGCGUACACUAAAAAAGCCCAGCUGGAGCAUGAUGCAGCACUGGCAGCGAAAGAAGCAGCAAAACUGGCGGAAAAACAGGUGGCAGAUCAGCCUAGAGAGGAGGCGCAAGAAGACAAUAUGUCCACCAAAAGUCAAAUACACGAUGGACACUCGGGAACAGUUCAGCCUCAAACUAAGAAGAAGAGCAGCGUUGCGCUCACACAUGCGGAGGCCUCGAAAAAUCUGGCCGAUUCCGUGAUCGAAUAUCGCACGAAUGGUCACCCGAGUGACGCAAAGGAUCUGGGCCGACUUGGUAGACAAGACGCGCAACGCCAAAGUUCAGCCUCGAAGGAAAAAGCACCAUCGCAGAAUUCCAAUCAGGGAUCAGAUUCAAAACUGCAACGACGCGCGGUCGUAGCUGCCAACAAGCUAUCGAAAGAAGGCUACCUAUCAAAUGAUGUCUUGGAACACGAUGACAAGAAAACAGUCUCUAAACGCCAAGAUUUGCCAACAUCUCACGUCGAGAACCAGGACAAGGUAGUCACCCGAGGCACCAAACUAUCGCCGGAGGAAGAAGCAGAUGAGUUUGUCGCAUCGAUGAAAUUUCCAGCAGAAAUAGAAUCAUCUGAGGGCUUGAAAAGCAGUGAGAAACGCAUCCUGAGAAUAUCAUGGGACAUGGCGGUACGAAAAUGCGCCGACAGCAUCAGAAUUAGCGAGGAGAGAGACUUUGAGGGAACGUUUGCGCAUAGGUUGAAGCGAAUGGCACCGGUGAGUGUUUCACCAGAGCCGAAAGCUGCGACGGCAACGAAAGCAAAGCCUACACCACAAGAGACAGAUCCUGCACUGGAAAUAGUAGACCCUGUACUAGAGAAAGCAGAGCCCCUACUAGAGACUGGUAUGAACAACGAUAAGCCAGCCCAAAGACGCUCAGACUCGCCGAAGGAAUCCCAUCUUGCAGACGCAGCCACCACAGAGAUGGAAGAUGAAAAGAACAUACAAGUGCGCACCAAGGAUGUUGAAUCACUAGAAAGAGAUAUUCUCAACUCGCAUAACACCGUAUGGCAAACGGCCGAUACCGCAGAUGCGUCAACAUCAGAGCAGCACAGCGGACGCACAACUCCUGCACGCCGUUCUGCUGCGGAUGGCCAGGCGGAGAAGCCAUCUGCUCCAAACGAAUUUUUCGAAUCGGACACGGACAGGUUCAUGUCGAGCAUCACGCAAAACGAUUCAGAAGCGUCCGACGCCCCUCAACCGAAACCUCAUGAGGAAUCUGACAUGCAGUCUUCUGACUCUUCUAAGGAGCAAGGAGAAUCUUCCGCCCCAUCUGCAAGGUACCAUGUUCGUCGCUCCAACCCUCAACGCAAGGAGUUUGCAGAAGUCGAUUUCAACAUGGCAUCCCACAAGCGCCCACGACUUCCACCCGCCCGAUUAGCCGCCAUAAUGAACGACUACUACACCUUCUUGACCACUCUCUACAUACCAUGUUCAGCUUUGAAACAUCCGCCUCUGGGUGGUUGGCCGAACAUUACUGCGGAGGCGACAAAGUGUCUGGACAAAUCGCAUGUUGUCAUUGAGGUCAUGAAGCAUUUACCAUACGUUGAUGAGGCUGAGGCCGGCGAGAUGAUCACGAACAUUCACUACAAGAGCGACGUAGUAGAUUACUCCACAUACACGAAAGAGGACUUCGAGCGCUAUGAUGUAUCGUAUGGAGAAGACGGGCUCAAAGUUUGCAUUGAAGAGAUGGAGGAGCGGAAAAGGGAAGAAGAAGAGCAGCAGGAGCAGGAUGACGAGGAGGGUGAAGAGGAGAACAACGACACGAAUGAAGAUGAACAGAACAACAACAACAAGGAUGAAGAAGACAGCGAAGACGAAGACACCAAUAGCGCCGACGAGGAUGCACCGCACGACGAAGGUUACUCUUCCGACGAAGAAGAAGACUACGGCGACGACCCCGACUCCGUCGACAUAAAAGACAUCCUCCUCCUAUCCAUGGGCUACGAAUCCGGCGGUCGAAUCCUCCUCCUCGACGUACACAAAGGCAUCAUCCACGAAGACAUAGUUCGCUGCCAACUCGUCUCUGGCGUAUGGAUAGAAGACUUCUUCGACGAUAUGAAGGACAAGCUCCGGAGGCUGGAUUGCGUACCCGUAAGAGGCGAGUUCUACGAGGGCGUGCCUGAGGUGGAGGAUGUUGGACCGGUGCCUGAAACGGCGGAUCCUUCGAUGGAAGAGCACGACGAGGGGCAUUUGAAGGUAUACAAGAGGAUUUAUCGCAUGUUUGGGUGGCCGGGGGAGGGUUAUAGGAAGGAUGAGGCGUUGGAAGCGUUGGAGAAGUAUCGGGUGAGUGCUUGGGGUUAUUGA